AUGGUCCUCCCACACAAUCUCUGCUCGCACAUCCAAAACGCGUUCCGCACGCGGCACCAGCGCAUCGCCGUACACCACAACACCCAAAACCUCGCCAUCCUCUCUAUCCUCCUCCGCAACGGCUUCCUCUCCAACGUCACCCGCGGCACCAUCAAGGCGCCGUCGCCCGACGACUUCCUCCUCGCCGGCGACGCGGAGAAGCGCAUAUGGGCGGAGCUCAAGUACCGCGAGGACCAGCCGGUGCUGACGGGCAUUGAGCUCGUCAGCAAGCCCAACAAGCCGGUGUUCAUGGACAGCAACGACAUCCGGCGACUGUGCACGGGACGGCACGUCCAGAACGUGAAGCCGCUGCGGAUGGGGGAGAUUGCGAUCGUGAAGACGCAGAGCCGGGAGCACCAGUGGGUGGAGGCACGGGAGGCGUUGGAGCUGAGGCUUCCGAGAGGAGAGGUGAUUUGUCGGGCAUGGUAG